AUGGGAAAAGUGCCGUUAUCCACAAGCAAAAAUUUACCAAACACUCAAAGCAAAAGAAAAUCAGAUGCAUCAAUCAUCAAGCAACCAUCGUCAAGUUCAAUUCAACGGAGAGGAAAUGCUAAUAGUAGUAAAGCAUGUCGAGUAGCAGCUACAGCAAGUGGAAAUAAAGAAAAUGCCACCAAUAAUUCGAAAUCAUCAAGUGAUAUCAGUGAUGAUGAAUCAAUGGAAGCCGAAUCGAUCACACAUACAAAAUCUCGACAAAAAUCAGCUGUUCAUGAAUAUGCGUCCAAAAUUUCGCCCAAUGAGUAUCAAUGCAAACUAUGCUCGAAGAUCGUUCGUUGUACAGUUGAUACAAAUAGUAAUAUCCGACGACAUCUGGCCCUGAGUCAUGGUAAAAUGCAAUUGGCUUGUAAGAGUCAUCGAUCACCACGUGCGACAAUUCCAUCAGACAAGAAAAACUUAUUGGACGAAGCGGCAAUCAAUUGUAUCAUCACAGACGCUCGGUGCUGGAAUGAUUUCAAACGACCUGGUAUGAUCAAAUUCCUUUCCGUUGCAGUUCCUGGAUAUAGUGGUCCAUCGAGUCGAUCAGUUCAAAGACAGUUGAAGAAGUUAUACUUCAAGAAGCAGUGUGAUUUCAAAAAUGAAUUAACAGAAGUAGAAAAUGUAUCGAUUACAACUGAUUUAUGGCGAAGCAAUCGAUGUCACCAUUAUUUAUGUAUAACGGCUCAUUGGCUUAAUUCUAAUUAUCAACUGAAAGCAAAAAUUCUGAGCUUUCGAAAAUUUAAUGGACGCCAUCUUUCAGCACGCAUACGUCGUCAUAUAAAACGAAUUUUAACUAGUUUUAAUCUUACCAAUAAAAUCAUUGCGUCAACAACAGAUAAUGGAUCAAAUGUGAAAGCAGCAACAAGUCAAACAAGUUUAUUUGGUAUUCGAUUCCACUGCAUGGCUCAUGCUCUUAAUUUGACCAUCCAUAAAGGUCUAUCUCUCUGGCCAAAGAAAAGUUCAACCUUGAAGAAAACAAACAAUUCAGUGAACGAUGACACUGAACUAAAUGAGUCUGAUAAUGAUAUAUCAGAUGAUGAUACACCAAAUGAUCAAAGUGAAGCAUCAAACGAACCAGAUUAUAACAGUGAUGGUGAAGAAGAUGAAGAUGAAGAUGAGCAAUUCGAUCAAGAUGACGAUUCUUCAUCAUCUACUGAUAAUGAAGAAGAUGGAAAUGAAUCUUCGCCAUUGUCUAUAAUGAAUGAUAUUACAGCUGUGAUGGAUAAAUGCAGGACCAUCGUUGUAACCAUUCGAAAGUCCAGUAUUCUUCAUGAAUUCAUUGGUAUUCUUGCAGCCGAUUCAUCUAUUAAAGCCGAUCUGAUUAUUGACAUGCGUGUUCGUUGGAAUUCUUCUUAUAAAAUGUUACAGCGAUUAUUACUUUAUCAAUCCGUCCUCGAGAAUUUAUACGAACAACUUAAUUCUCUAGCUGGUGUUACUGAUCAACAACGGAGAAAACUUUUGAAUUCGAAGCUCAAUGGAAAUGAUUGGAAUUUAAUACAAGCACUUCGACGUGUUCUUGAAAGAUUCGAUGAAGCAACCAGAGUUUUAUCUGGACAAAAUUACCCGACAUUAUCUUUAUCCUAUGCAAUUACCUUUAGUCUAUUACAUUACUUACGUAAUCGUUCAGAUGAUCAGCUCGAUAAUGAAAUCAAAGAAUUGUUGCUUGAUUCAUACAGCAAAUACAUGAUUCGUGAUGGAAAGGAAAUGGCGGUGAUUCGAGUAUCGGCAUUACUGGAUCCUCUUACACACGAUUUACUUACACGUGAAGAUAAAAAUGCAGCUGAAGCAUUCAUUACUAAAGAGAUCAAUGAUAAACGUCGUUCAAAAAAUAUAUUAUCAUCAGAUACAUUUACAACAGCAUCAAGUAUUUCUACUGAUACAACUGAAAAUUCCGCUACGUCAUCAUCAUCCAAGUCAUCAAAAGGCAUGUCGAUCAUUACCAAUUUUUUAAGCAAAUGUGGUGUUGAAUCAACGAACAUUAGUAUACGUUCCAAAAAAUCGUUAACUAUUACACAAGAACUCGCCAAAUUAUCUUCGAUUCCAAAGGAUGAAUAUGAAUUCGGUUCGUUUUGGCGAGAACAUGGUGAUUCACUUCCAAAAUUAGCCAGUUGUGCUCGAAAGUAUUUAUCCAUUUCCUCAAGCAGUGUUGCGAGCGAAUCGGCAUUUUCAACGUCAAACUACGUUCUCCGAAAGAAUCGACUUGCUCUUUCAUCCAAAAACGUUAAAUAUACAAUGUUUCUAAAAGACAAGCUUGAUAUAUAA